AUGGGUCAAAUCGCGUCGGCGCCUUGUGGGAGCAGCCUCGGGCCGUCCACGGCUUGCAGCGCCACAACAUGGGAAGAGGUCGACGUGGACGACCUUCAGACCCAACCGAUCGACAUCCGACACUUUCUUCGACGAGCGGAAGAUGAAGCCAUGUGCUGGAAACACGACCACCGACCUAUGCAGGUGCAGCCGAUCCGAUUGCUCACCCCUGCGGAUUCGUUUGCCAAUACAUCCGAACUAUCCAAGGCCAAGACGGGGCCGACGAAGCCGCCCUUCAUGCCUCCUGUCAUGAUGACGCCAGAUGAAGCGUGCGCAGUUUUGCCCUCUCUCAUGGAAGAUCGUUGGAUCUACCCGCUCGUGGCAUUGGUGGGCAGCAAGGACAUGAAAGUUACAGAAAUGGCGCUGGCGGCGCUGGCCAGCAUCGUUGAUUCAGAAUCCCGGCAAGCCAUGGCAAUUGAAGCGCAAUGCAUGGCCAAGCUCGUCCAUGCAAUGUCUUUGGCGCAUUUUCAGCGGCUGGCGUUCGACGCGCUAACCGCACUUUGCCAUCGCAACCGGUCGGCGGCUCUCGACAUCCUUUCUCAAGGCGUUGUGGACAUCCUGUUUGAAGUAUUCAAGCUCAAAUUGACCAACUCGGACGACCGAAAGUGCAGUGGCUUGCAGUUGCUGCUCGUUCUGGUCAAGCAAGCCGAAGGCAGGGCUCUUGUCGCGACGCAAGCUAGGGUCGCAAUUCUAGUCGACUUUAUCUCGCACUUUCAUGCCCCCAUUGCGUUCUACGCCUUGUCAUGCCUCGGCGAGCUCUUCCAAGGCGAGUCGGCGCGGAAAUCCGCCAUCGCCCUCGGCGUCCUGCCUAUACUCCUGCGCUUCUUGCACUCGACGGCCACAUGCAACAAGACGAUUCUUCUCCAAGCUGUCUACAUUCUUUCCAUCAUGGGAACACAUGAAGCCAACGCGUUUCCGAUGGCUGAGUCCGUCCAGGCGUUGUGCCACGUGAUGGAUAUCCUCCGCGGGGCGCUAAAACGGUCGCGACUUGCCAGUCUCGUGUGCAUGUUUGUGGCAGGACUGUCGUGGAAGCAUCCGUCGUGCCAGCGAUUUCAACACGCCGUCCGCGACAACUCCGCGCCCAACUUGUUUGCGAUUCUCGCGAGUUUACUCAUUGGCGGGUCCAACGACGUGCUGUGCGCUGCCGCCAUCGCGGUUGGCGCACUCUGCCACAGGUGCCUCCCCAACGUACACGCGUUCGCCAAGCUCGACGUCCACACGACCUUGGCGAAAUUGCUUCCUCACAAAGAUGAUCGCGUUGUCGGCUGCGCCGCCAUGGCUCUGACGCGAUUCCUUACACCGUAUACGUUGCAAGCAAAACACGCCCAUUUGUUGUGCGAGCCAUGGCAGCAAGAAAUAGCCCAGGCCAUUGCCGACUGCACGUCGCCCGAGGGGAGUUCACUCGAUGUGUUGUACGCUUCUGUGCUACGAAAGAGCCCGUGUCGCCCAUGUGACCCAAUUGCCUUGGACGCAGCUCCAUUACUGUCACAAAUGUCAGCGUUUGAGCUGCAAGCAGCGCUCGACUUGUUUGUUUUCACGCGAAACAAGCGACGGUGGACAAACGACGAAGCCGUGCAGUGUCUACUUGACUGCGUCGGCAGCGCUGCGUCCGACAUGCAACUGGAACUGCUUCUGUUCUUUCAAACGUGCACCGAUCCAUUGGGUGGGGACAUCGAGGCGGUCGAUUUUUGCAACUUGGUGCUGGCGCACGAUGGCGUGCCGCUCUUUCUGUCCCUCCUACGCGCUCCUGACCAAGCCGCAUCCCACCUGUGCAGCGUGCUGCAGAUUCUCAAGCACUUUGCUGUCGUCUACCACACCACAUUAUGGCCGCAACCACCGGACGCACUGCCUGACCUCGUUCGACAAGUCGUGGCACUCAUCGGCCGCAUGGAUGCCGUCGACGUUCAACGAGCGGCUGCCAAAUUGCUAGAUAUCCUCACCGAAGCGAAAAGUGGCCACAUAAACGCCACGUUGACCACGAUACUGGCCACGGAUCCACACUGUGUUGCAAAUCUCUUGUUCGUGCAAUGCCAUACCAUCCAGCACGCCGCAGGCGUUGUCGUGAGCCGCCUCGUUCGACAUAGUCAAGGCCACUGGGCGCCGCUCCCGAGCGCGCUGCUGCAGCUCACGGCGUUGCUGCGAAGUCCGUCGCAUGAGGUCACGUUUGCAGCGUCACACGCGUGGGGAAGUCUCCUGGAACGGCUUGAUCUUUGCCACGUCUUUAGCAAGCAUGACGGGGCGGUCGCGGCCUUGCUGGACCUCCUCGACGUACCGAAUCGCCGCCCCAAGCACCUUGUGGACACCGGACGCACGCUGUAUCGGGCGGCAAAGCAUGCCGACAUUCAACCGCAUUUGCUUGGGCGAGGCCUCGCGCUGCUGGAGAAAUUGAGUCUGCACCCUGUGCAUGCUCUGGCGCAUUACGCCAUGCUCACGCUGAGCCUCAUGGGAAAGAACGACUCGCUUCGCCCGGCCGUGGUGUCGCCGACGCUCGUCACCCACCUGCACGAAUUCGUGGCUGUGGGAGCGCACGCGUUGGGGGACAAGGACGAUAAUUCUGCAUCGACCUUCCCCAAGCCACGACGAUUGAGCAACCUGACGGACGCUCUAUGUUGGAUCGGCGAGGUUGCGUUGGACGCAGCGACUCAGCAAACCCUUCUCCACGCGGGUGUCGUAGACCAAGUCGCUCAAGUUGUGCUGAUGAAAGGCCCUAUUUCCGACAUCAAACUGUGCGCUUUGACCGCCCUAGCAAGCGUUUGCUCCAGCGACCCCAGCACGCGCAACCACGUGCUCGGGGACGCCCUCGUCGACGCUGUACUUCGCUACUUGGACGUUGAGCACGCGACGACCUCUGACGACGACGAAGUGGUGCUCAUUUGCCUCAAUAUUGUGCUGCAUCUACUGCGCACCCCAGCCGCCCAGGCCAUCAUUGCAAAGAGUCCUCGGAUGGGCAGCAUCGUUCAAACCCUGCGGUAUACCAGCAGCAAAAUUCGCUCGCUCGCGGCGCAGGUGCUAGCGCUGCUGGCCAAGCGCUUCGAUUCAGUAAAAGCGGACUUGUGCCGCAUGGACGUCAACAACAUCCUGCUCAACAUCAUCGUGAGUGAGAGCGUUUCCAUCAUCACGAACAGCAACGACGAUGACAUGAGCACCAGUGCCCAUGUGCGAGUGAAUCCAUCGAGUCGAGUCCAACGGCACGCGUUGCAUGCGUUGGCUGUGCUUUGCGAAGGGUCGUCGCCUGCUUCCAAGACCAACAAACACGAAAUUCUCGACUUUCCGCUGGGCACGACCCUCACGGAUUUGCUGCACGUACCAGACACCGACGACGCCGUCGAGGCGACGGCCUUGCUUGCAGCCGUCAUCGCCAAUGUCACGCAUCACUCGACGCGCAACCAACGGACGCUCCUCCAGCGCGACGUCGAGCCCAAGUGCAUUGCGCUGCUGAAAUUUGUGUUUGAGGACAAAGCCAGCCCAGCGCCGCCGUCGUCGUUCCUCGAACUACUGGCCGUCGAGAGCAUGAAGACCUUGACCAACCUUGCCACGCAUCCCGAGAAUCGCAAGGAAAUGGGUGCCGACGACGCGAUAUACGGAGCACUGCUGAUGGGCCUCCAGUCCGACGUGACUGCUUUACAUCGCUUCGCCGCGUUAACCAUGGCACAUUUGUGCACUGGUAACAACGACCCCCACAAAAUUGCGAUGGGCUCGUACGGCAGCCUCCUGCCCGUCCUGUCCGAGAGGUUAAGUUCGAAGCAUCCCCAUGUGCUAGAGAACGUGUGCUUCGCCAUCACAAAGUUGGGGACGCACGGAGGCAACAAGAUCGUGCUGGGGGCCAACCUGAUCUUUGAGCGGCUCCUUCCGCUCGUAUUGCACACGGAAAUCGCGAUUCAAAAGAUGGCGAUGACCGCGAUAGCCAUCCUCAUUGACGGAAACGACCGGAACAAGGUUUCGUUGGUCGAAUGCAACGCGAUUCCCAUCCUUUGUAGUCUGUGCAACAACCACAGCACCACGCCAGUCCACGGUCGCAUCCUCGAAGGAGCGCUCCACACGCUGUCCGAGCUCGUGGCCACCCAAGUAGUUGAAGUCUCCAAGUACAUAAAUCCGACCAUGGUCAUCGACAUGCUUGGCAGUGUGAAUGGGAAGCUCCAAAAGGCCGCGCUGGUCCUGCUCUCCCACCUCACCCGAGAAUCAUUCAACAAGCUCUUGUUUGGAGUCCCGCCAUGCAUAGCAGCGCUGGUCGUGUGCCUGCACACGGCACCACGAGCGGACGACUCGUCCGAGCGCGACGAUGGCGAAGACGACUCACCGAGUGCUCUCGACCUGCCAUCUUUGCUAAGUUCCGAAGCUGAUUUGGUGCUAGUCGAGCUUGCCGCAACGUCCCUGGCGAACUUGAGCUUUGAAGCUGCUAACACAGACAUGAUCGUGGCAGAUUCAGAUCACCAACUUAUCCCGCGCCUCGGCGAACUCAUGGAAUCGGCCAUGCAGGUCGCUCACGAAACUCGCGCGUCGCCGUCGAAGAAGAAGCAACUGAGUCCGCUCAAAGCCAAGAUGUCGGUCCCAAACAACCAAGACAGCCAUUCGGACAAUAACGGGCAACGGCUUGCCGCCCCACUGCUGGCCAGUCGACCGAUGCAGUGCCAGCACAUUCUGGAGCAGUGCGUGCUGAUUGUCAACAACUGCGCACAUGUCAUUCUCCGCCACGGCGCCGUCACGGAAUCGAUUGUGGCUAUCCUGUGCCGCAUGCUCACCCAUUCGAGCGACUUGGUCAAAAAAUGCGCGUGCUUUGCCUUGACGACGUGGUGUUCCAAGCACCCUCAGCACCAGCAAUGGGUCCUCGCCCAGCCCACAGCUGCGCUCAGCACCCUCAUCGGGAUGCUCAACUCGUCGUCGCCCGGCAUCGUCGAAGCGGCGCUGUGGAUCCUCACCAAGCUCUCCAUGUACGACGACACAUACGUGAAGAUGGUAGCGAAUGACAUCGUCCGCAUCCUCGAGCACAUCAUUUUCCGGUACCACACGACGUUGGGAUCGGGCGUGCUGGACCGCGCAAUUCGGCUGCUGGGCAACCUCGGUCUCCACGACGUUGUCCGCAAGACCAUUCGUGGCGAAGCAAUCGUUUCGGGUCCCCUCACGAGCAUCCUGGACCAUCAAAAAGACACUCCAACGCCGUCGUCGCCCACCGUCCACUCGACCAAAGCCACCAUCAUCUCGCACGUGAAGAACACAGCGCGCUUGAUCAGCAUCUUGCUCACGGAUGAUGCGCUCAAGCUGUUCUUUCCCAAACGGACGCUCGGCGUGCUCCAAACGAUUUACGUUCUUCCUAGUACAGCGAUCAAAGUGCGUCGCAACAUCAUCGUGAUCUUCUGGCUUUUGUCUGUCGUCGAAGAGCAUCGCGAGCAGCUGGCACAUCCCGAAAAAGACGUCGUCGGCCGACUGGUCUCUGCCCUUGCCCGCGACGAACAUGAGCUGUUCGUGCGAGCGAAUGUGCUGGCCAUGCUGGCCAUGUGGAGCCAGCACGAAUCCAUCUGCCAAACGUUAUACUCUCGAGACGUGGUCGCUGCUGUCCUAAAGUACUUGGUCAUUCCCGAACUGGGAUGCGACACGUUUUGCGCCGUCAUCGUGCAUCACCUCUCCAACCUCAAAGAGGCCGUGCGGACGACGUUGGCGGCCGAAGGAACGACCGAAAUCGUCUUGUCGCUACUGGAUCGGUGCGUGAGCCACCCGACGCCGUUUGACCCGUUCGGGUACCACUUGGUCGGGAUCCUGGCCAACUUGACAGUGCAAGACGACGUAAAGUCGGUCGUCGUGCACGUGCACGGCAUCGCGACGAUUCUGGCGUUGCUUCGCCAGAAUAUCAACUAUCGAUUCCUCGACGACUCGACAGGUGGCGACUUGCUCGACUUGUUUGGCAAAGUCGCGGCAAAUCUAUCGUUCGACGACCCGUGCAAGUCAGAACUGAUCCACGGCGGUGGACUCGAGCUCGUGCUGCAGGUGCUCAGCCGAGGGUACGCGUCAUUGACAGGCGUUGAAAACUACGUGCUGUGCGUUGGCAACUUGAGCACGGUGGCCGACUCGAUCCCUCGGCUCGAGGCGGCGAGCGCGAUUCCGAUUCUGCUGCAGCUCCUGAAGACGCAUCACGUCACGUCGCCGUGGAUCGUCAAAUGCACGAUUUGGGCCAUUUCCAACAUGGCGAUGGAUUCGACCACGAGCAAGCACCAAAUCCACGGAUACCCAGGGGGACUGGACCUUGUCCUGUCGCUGCUGGUGACCGAAUCGUGCAAACAAACGGACACGAUCGUCGAGUGUGCCAUGACGUGUUUGAGCAGCAUCGUCCAGGAAGAAGAGAUUGCCCACGCGCUCGGCGAAUGCCCGACGAUCGGGCACAUCCUUCUGUUCCUCGAGCCGCAAGUUCGCCAGAGUUUGCAGCGCAAAGCGGUCAAGACGGUCGGGUGCCUCGCAUCGUUUGGUAUUGCGAUGUAUAUCGACGACCUCUCGCGCACGCACACGCACCUCCUGUCGAUCGCCACGGACAGCAACCUGAAAUCGAUCGCUCCGACCGCUAUCAACGCCCUUCGUCGCAUCGCGUAUCUUCGGAACGAAAGUCCGCACGUGUUGUGCGCCAACGUACACGGCAUCGACGCACUGCUCCAGCUCCUCCAGUCCGACUCGGCUAGCACCGUCCUCGACGCACUGCAUUUGAUCCAUCAUGUUGCGAUGGUGACCGCCACGAUCUCGACCAACGCAGAGUACUUUGCGUCGAAACGCGCAUGCACCCAAGCGUCGGAGCUGCUCGUGUCGCCCAACGUCGAGAUCCAAGAAGGCGUCGUCCAGCUGUGCGCCUACCUUGUCAAGAACACCGAGUUUGACGAAUGCACCCGCCACGUCGAAAACUGGCCGCUGGUGCUGUCCCGUCUGUGUCGGUGGUGGGAGCAGCAAACGAACUUCACAGUCCAUGCAUUGUGCCCAAGUGUGCUUGCCGGCCUGGAUCAAAUGCUGCGCUUCCCUGCAUUCAUUCACUCGCUAAACGACGCGAUAUUGACCAAAGCAAGCUUGCAGUGCCUCGUGGAUAGCCUUCCGUCCCUUGCCGUACUCGAAGUCGAGCCGUGGGAAACCACACUGGUUUGUGUCCGGGCGCUCGUGCACCUCGCGGCCGAGUCUUCCUCGUACAUGCAAAUGUUGUGCCACGUCAACCUGCCGGCGCAACUGAUGCACCUCUUGCUUGCCACUCCAGACAACGAGACCGCCUUGUUGCGCAUCGUCUUGCGCGGCAUUGCACUCUAUUGCAUCAAAGCGCCAACGUCAUGUGAAGCGUUUGUUCAAAUGCGUGGCGCCGUGCGCUUACUCCAGCUGCUGUCUGACCCUGAUGCGGAUGUGGUCUCGACAGCGCUGGCCAUCAUUGAGUUGCAGCUUCGAGUCCCGACAGCGCCCGAAGUAUUUAGGAGAGCAAACGCAGUGUAUGUGAUGGCGUCCAAGCUCGAGGGCAAAACCGGACCAGCCAACAGCAUUCGGCUUCUCUCUUGCCUUGCAACACUGUGGGAAGACUCCCCCGCAGCCUGCGCUGCCUUCCACGAGAGCCGCGUGGUGUCGAUUGUGAUGACCACGACCCUUCAUGUCCAUCGCACCGAAUCCCUCACGGUGCUUCACGCGAUGUCGACGUCGGUUGCCUUUCAUGCGACGCUCUUCCAAGACGCCUCCAUGUUUCUCGACGUGCUUCGAACUCGCACGGGCCAGUGUGGCAACGACACGGUUUUGGUGCUGCUCAUCCUGUGCAACAUGUGCGGUUGCGGGCCAUCCUUCGACAACAACAUGUCAGAAGCACCGAUUCAGUCUUCGUUUGUCAUGGAAUGGGUGGACAUGAAUAUCCUGGGCACAUUGCUGCCUCUGUCGCAAUGGUUGGACGCGGUGCCGCCUCCCCGUCGAUCGACCAAGGUGUCGAUGCUGUGGGAAACGGAAGUUGAGUUGGUGCUCCGGAUUCUAAGUCAAGUCACGCGAGAUGCGCACUUGCGGCAGGUGUUUCGUGAUGGAGUCGACCUGCCAGACCUUCUCUCACUGCUUCGCCCCCAAGCAAGUACCGGCGCUUUGCUUGGCAUGGGGGUGGUGUGUGGUGCGACUCAAGUGCUCGCCAACAUCUCACUGGAAAAGGAGAUUCAAAUCAUGAUCAUCGUCGAAGACGGCAUAACGUUCUUGGCCAAGUUGAUCAUGCAGAAAAUCCACCACGACAAGCUCGCCCUCGCGCUUGUGCGAACCGUGCGCAACCUGUCCCACGACACGGAAGUGCAAGCCAUUCUGGCCGCACACGCCACACUACCCUACUUCUUGCAGUGCAUGCAAGUCCUAGCGGCCAUGCCAGACAUGGCUUUGUCCAGCGGUCUGGAGGUGCUCAGCCUUGAAAUUAUCCACGACGUGACCAAGACCAUUCAAUGGACAGACACACUUGUGGGCCAUCAAUGCCAAGAGGCUCUUCUCGCGCUCAUCGACCGGCAUGUCGAUGAGUGCCACAGCGUCUCGAUUGAAUCGGUGGCUGUGCAAUCGCUGGUGAACUUGACGCACACAUCGAAUGUCGACGCUCUGUGCGCAUCCAACACAGUCCGUCGCAUGGCCCAGCUUGUGUCGACACACUACUUUCCAACGUUUUCGACAUUGUCGGAGCGCAAGGCGGCACAGUUCACUGCUCUUUUACAAGGAUUAACUCGAUGCGUCCACUCGUCCGAGAAUGCCCGACACCAGCUCGCUACGUCCGACACGUUUUUACAGCAGCUAACGAGUUGGUUUGUCUGCGGUGCUGCCGAGUAUGCAGAUGAAGUCCAUGCUGUGAGUCUCCUGGCGAACCUCGCCUUGGUUCCAACUGCCCGCCACUGCAUGACGCGGCAUGCCGCCCCGACUUUGCUCGCCCGCGUGGCACAAGUUUGCAUGGACGUCCAAGCCACACGAGAAACCCACGUGUCAUGUUUCCAUGUGCUGUCGCAGUGCCUUGGAAGCGACAUCGAUCCUGUCGACCAAAGCGGCUGGGAAUACGCUUUUGUCCCUGACUUUAUCGCAUGCGCUCCCUUCGAACACGCACUGGCAAAUGCUCUCGGCCCGUCGACUGCCACCGAUUGCCUUGCCGUGUUUCAAGGCUGCUUGCGCCAUGGAGGGUAUGCCACGAGUCCGUUUCCAGUCCCGCUUGCAGUCCUCGUGGCAGUCAUCGCGUUCGUCGGGUCGACUGACCACGCGCUGGCUGUUGGCAUCCUCCAGCAGUUGGUCGUGGAAUCUGCCUGUCGUCGACUCAUCGUCGCGUCGUUUGCGUUCGACAAGUUUGUGAAUGUGGUGGGCAGCCGCAGCGAAUUGCUCGGACAAACCAGCGUGCAGACCAUCGCGCGGCAGCUCGUGGAUGACGCAUUGGACAUCCAUUUUCCCCGAGACGAUUCAGUCGUCGCCACGUUGGUGCAUUCGUUCCUGCAACAGGACGGCAUGCAGCUGUCUGUGUUGUCGCUGUUAGGCCACCUUGCGCUCUUUUCCCCGCACUCGUGUGGCGUCGUGAUGCGUGAAAUCCAGGCGAGCGCUUUGGCCAUGGCUUUGCUCUCGAGACACGUCGAGACCAUCCACGCCCGGACAUGCACCCGCGCCACGAUCAACGCGUCGUCGGUCGUGUCCAUCCACGACAUGCUUCGCGUGUACUUGUUUGCCGUCACAUUGCAAACGCCGACGUGGAACGAUGCGACGACGGCGGUGUGCUUCGUCUCGGACAUUCUGUCCUGGUUUACGUCGCAGCGCGCGGCGCAUCGUUUCGUUGACAUCUACCCCGUCCUGCUGUACUGCACGUCGAGUUUGCUCAAACCGACGGCGAGAACGACGGCAACCAAGGGUGCCCGCCCCACAGAACGCAGCUCGGGAAACAAGGUGGACGACGCGCCAUGGCAAGCAGACAUUCUACGCGACGUCAUGCACAUCCUCACGGUCGCAACGGACGUGCCCAUCCAAGUCGCGAGCUUGAACACGUUGGUAGCUUUCACCAAGCUUUGGCAAGCAGAUCAGAAGCUGUUGACGCUGUUGGAGUCGUUGCCCACGCGAGCUGCGGCUUUGCAACAGAUUGUCGGUUUGCUGACGACUGCACAGACCGCGGCGCUCGAGACGCUCACUCUGCUGGUGACGGCCGGCCACCACAAUAUCGUGGACGAACUCAAGGAGAUGGGGGCAAAGGUCCAGCUUGAAGCUCUUCAAGUCUCGACCCCUCAUGAAAAGGCCAUGACUACCGCGAUCCUCGACUUGCUUGGAUAUAGCAUGGACCUGAGCGAAGCUUUUGUCCUGGAUUUGCAAGCAUUCACAGACACCAGCAAUAACCCGGCCGAUCGUGGUGCAAUGAUGGCAAAGCUACGAGCCACACUCGACAGGGAUGUUGUGACAGAUCAUAGCAUUUUGACCGCUAUCAUUCCGAAGCUUGUGGAAGCGGCUGCCCAGGACAGGGCGUUCCUCAACGACUGCAUUCAGUGUCUCUACAAAGUGUCGGGGUUUCCGGCGUUUGCUCAAUGUACCAUGGCGCCUCCCAUCUUGCUGCGGCUCUACGUGAACGAAUUUGCAACGCUGACGGCUGAGACGCAAGGCUUCCUCCUCGACAUGUUGUUUGUCCUGCAGGCGACCCACGGCGAUGCGACAACGAGCGACUUUGACUUCCACGACGAAUGGAAUCCGUUGGCCAAGUUGCUCACUCUCGCAACGUCGCUGCUCGUGUGCGAUCUUCCGACCGCGGCACGGAUUAUGACGUUCGUGUGGAUUGCCGUGGCUGGCAACGGAGACCUCUUGCACGUCCUGGCGUCCCAAGCGCAACUUCUCGUUCCCCUGUGCUCUGUUCUCCAUGGCCCGCCACCACCCAUGACGAAAAAAAUUGACCAACUCGCCAAACCGAAUCAAGUCGUCCACGUCAUUCUCUUGCGGCUCAUCCACGCUCUGUCCACCAUGCCGACGCUCUCGUCCGACAUGCUGAAGCCGCUGUCACCGCUCGUGGAGGCUCUCGUCCAUUGCUUGGCAUCGUAUCCGCUCCACUUGAACCCCAAGCAGCAUGCCCCACAGCUAGCAUAUAUCAACGACAUUGCGUUGAUAGUGCUGCAAUAUGCGAGCCACCUGGCGAUCUCGACGCUUCAUUUGGACACAGCGCUAAAGCAACUGAUGGUUGCUGUGGAAUCGGUGCCCCCACCUCAUGAACUGAGACUUUUCCUCUUGCAGCUCCUCGCAUCGUUGACGCAAAUGGCGCCGGUCGUCGCAGCACUUCACCGUCUUCAAGGCCUCGAUAGCUUUGUACGCCUCUUCGUCUCGUCUGCGUCGAGGCUUGAUCAGCUGGCUACCGUCUUGGCGUGUCUGGCCCAGGCGUCGAGAAUUGGAGAGUUGGAGUCCGAAGUCGUCGCUCGUCUUGUGGGUCAACCCACUGCCGCGACCGACUUGUUGCAGUGCCUCUGUCGGUCGUCUCGAGAGCCGCAGGAACAUGCUGCGUAUUUAUUGUCGGCGAUGCUUCUCCACCGGCCCGAGGUGGGGGGCAGCGCCGGGUGUGUGUCCAUGUUGAUCGAGUGUCUGGAAGCGGUUGACCUUGUGGUCGUUCGCUACGUUCUCGUGUGCUUGGGCAGUGUCCUCCACAUUGAUGGGACCCAAGAGACUCUAUUGCGGCACGCAACUGUGCCCGUCUUGGCGCAAAUCCUUCAAAAAGCCGAUGCUACGUGCACCCAACACGUCCUUCGUGUUCUGGCGAUUCUGUGCUCCAAGCACAAGGCCGCCGUAUGCCGCCGUGUCGUGGCGGCGAACUUGCUCGGCAUUCUCAUGGCGACAGUUCGAGGGAAGGACCAGCCGACGUCCAAUGUCUUCCACGCUGCGUGGGUCCUGAGUUGUGUUUCCAAAGAUAGCGACCUCAGCCUUCGACUGCAGGAGGUCGAUCCGAAUUUUGUCCUCGAGGUUGUCCAGCUCGUCGAUGUGUAUCCCGUUCCCACGGCGAACAAGCUCCUUCGCAUGGCCGCGAACGUGUGGACACAAGCGUUUGCGGGGCUUCCUGUAGCUGGCAUCGUUCGGAAGCUCCUCUCCGUCGUCCCUACGUCCGAGAGUCGCCAGGUGCAAAAGAACGGAGGGCGCGUGCUCUGUUUGCUGUUUAGUCUGCCAGACUUGGACGGACAGAAUGACGUUGCGUUUGUGCUGGCUCAGUAUCUAUUUGACUCGUUGACAUCGAAUCUGGACAAGUUGGUCGCGGCGGCACUGAGGGCACUCGUCGACGGACUACAGCAGCCCGACUCGACAACCGAUCGGUGCAUUCGAGACCUCGUGGCGGAAGAAAGCAGCCACUUUCUCCACCUCCUUCGUCUCGUCUCGACCAAUUCGUUCCACCCCGUUAUCAAUCGACUUGACCUCGCGCUGCAGUUCCUCACCGCCUUGAUCGACUCGAGCGACAUGGUCCAGCGACUCGAACCCCUCGUCCUUCCGUCGUUGCUCCAUCUCUUGAGCAACGACCCUCUCGUGCAUCUGAACGCUCCAACUAUCAAACAACUGCUCGGACUUCUCAGCAAUCUCACUCGGAGCAACGCCACGUCGUUGGCCAUGAGUCCCAUCGUGGUCGGGGCCGUCAAACGGCUCGUGUGUCUCGUCCAAGAUGAGGACUCGUAUCACUCUGAAGCACUUCACGUGUUGGUGAACUUUGCGUCGGUCACAGAUCUGCGGCAGUCGAUCGUAUUACACGGCGGACUGGCUGCUCUACUCCACGAGCUCGACGACGACAUGGUGGACGCCCAUCUUCAGCUCGUGCUUUUAGGGAUCGCUUCACUCUCGGCGGACGACCUGGCGAAGCAAACAGUUCCCUUUGUACCCCACGUGCCCAGAUUCAUGGCCUUGUUGUCGGCCCCGAACGCCAACGUCCAGUCGUUGGCAGUUUGGGUCGUUUCAAAUAUUUGUGGCAUUGACGCUGUCCGACGAGCCAUCAACGCCCAACAUGGAGCCACCGUGCUUCAGUCGCUCCUCAACGAAGUGGUGAGCCCUGCCAUGACAUCACGACCCCUCUCGUCCAGCGCAAGGAUACGAGAGAUGGCUCCCAAAGCCAUCCAAGACCUUGGCUUUGCUCCUCUCCACAUGUAGUAUGUUUAUCGAAAUGCAGAAUCGCAUCGACUUCACAUGGAUCAAGGCUAUCCCUUCCUUGCUACGACAUCGGCCGACGUUGCAUGGUGUUGUUAAGCCAUUCAAGCAAACUCCGACUUGCUUCGAGGAAUCGGCCAUCACUUGACUGCUUUAACGUCGCAAUGGAUUCUCGAGCGUAUCUUCACAAACUUCCACGGAAACUUCC